GCGUGCGGCGCCCGCCCAGCCAUGCUCCUCUACCGGAGCGCCGCGUGGUUCGCCAAAGGCCUGCGCGAAUACACCAAGAGUGGCUAUGAAUCUGCAUCCAAGGACUUCAUCCCUGAUGACUUGGAGGUCCAAGUCCCUGGAAGAGCCUUCAUGGUCACCGGGGGGAACAGCGGCAUUGGAAAAGCAACUGCCUUCGAGAUCGCCAAGCGAGGUGGCACAGUUCACCUGGUUUGUCGAGAUCAAAAUCGAGCGGAAGGUGCCAGAGGUGAGAUCAUCAGGGAGAGCGGGAACCAGAACAUCUUUCUGCACAUUGUGGACUUAUCUGAUCCCAAGACAGUCUGGAAAUUUGUUGAAAAUUUCAAGCAGGAACAUACCCUCAAUGUCCUGAUCAAUAAUGCAGGUUGCAUGGUCAAUGAGAGAGAGCUCACGGAAGAUGGACUUGAAAAAAACUUUGCUACCAACACUCUGGGUGUGUAUGUUCUCACGACUGCCCUAAUCCCCGUCUUGGAGAAAGAACAUGACCCCAGAGUGAUAACAGUCUCCUCCGGAGGAAUGUUGGUUCAGAAACUGAAUGCCGAUGACCUACAGUCAGAAAGGGCAGCAUUCGAUGGCACCAUGGUCUAUGCACAAAACAAAAGGCAGCAGGUGGUCCUGACGGAGCGGUGGGCCCGAGCGCACCCGGCCGUCCACUUCUCGUGCAUGCAUCCCGGCUGGGUCGACACCCCAGGCGUGCGGUCGUCGAUGCCCGGGUUCCAUGCCAGGCUGGGGGCCAGGCUGCGCUCUGAGGCCCAGGGCGCGGACACCGUGCUGUGGCUGGCCCUCGCCCCGACUGCCGCCGUGCGGCCCAGCGGCCGCUUCUUCCAAGACCGGAAACCAGUGCCCACACAUUUGCCUUUUGCUAGGACAUCGUCCUCACCGGCUGAAGAGGAGAAACUAAUUGAAAUCCUGGAAGAGCUAGCUCAGAGAUUUAAAUAGGCCAGGCCAGACCCAACGCGGGGCUGGAACCGCCUCCGAAAAUAUGGGAAGGUGUGGCCCAGGGGUAGACCAGUACACAGACCCCACGUCUAGACGUCCCCGUAGAUUGGCCCAUAUUCCACUGCUGGGGUCUGAGCUGGCUUCCUCUCCUUCUGCAGUCAUAGAAAUCAGUCCCGUUCUUUAUACAAAGCCUAGUAUUGAAGCCGUGACCCACCAUCUCCUCACUGUGGGACCACAGGUGGGUUACUUACCCUCUGGGGGCCUCAUUUUCCCUGUCAGUGGAGACUGUAGUGCUACCUACCUCAAGGGGUGGUUUUAACGAUUCAGUGAACUACUAGUAAUGCACUUAGAAGAACGCUUGGUGCAUCGUAAAGACUUGAUAUAUGUUUGUUAGCUAUUAACAUCAGCAUUUAGCUGACAAGUGUGCUAAAACUCACGGGGGAAAAAAAAAAAUCCCCCUAAAGGUUACCCCCUGUAGCAAUGAGGAGCCACACAGAAUGGGAGCUUUUAUUUUAAAGUAAAUACGACUGGGGC